AUGUCUCUCGUUGUCAAUCGUCUUUGCGCUGCUCGCCAGUGUGUCUCAUUGGCGGUUAAACCUCUGUCAAACAAUACUGGAGCAACAAGUCUACUGUCUCGAGGAUGGCAGACGCGCUUGGCUAGUUCUAAGCCAGCAUAUGAAGGUCAUGUCCCGCUGAACUGGUUCGAGGCGGGCUUUCUGGCCGUCGGCUCCGCGUUUAUGUCUCUUGCCAAUCCGCGGAGGGGAGACAUGGUUGCGGCUCUCGGGGACGUUACAUCUGGGCCCGUGCUUCCUCGACUCAGGGACGCCAUGCUCGAGAGCGCCGAAGGCCGACGAAUACUCAAGGACAGGCCAAGGGUGAACUCCAAGACUGUGGAUAUGAACAAGCUCGCCCUGUUGCCUGACGGCACCUUUGGACAUGCAUAUAUCACUUGGCUCGACCGCUGCGGAGUUACCCCAGACACUCGCGAACCCGUCCACUACGUGGAUGACCCUGAAUUGGCCUACGUCUUGCAGCGCUACAGAGAGUGUCAUGACUUCUACCACUGCAUCUGCUCUCUCCCCGUCAAUGUGGAGUCCGAGCUCGCCUUGAAAUUCUUCGAGUUUGCCAACCUCGGCUUGCCUAUGGCUGGAUUCGCAGCUGCCUUCGGUCACCUACGAUUGACAUCAGAAAAGCGCGCCAGACUCUUUAGAGAGUUUGUGCCUUGGGCAGUGAAGUGUGGUGGCAGUGCUAAGAGUCUGAUUACCGUUUAUUGGGAGGAACGAUGGGACCAGAAUGUGGAUGAAAUGAAGAAGGAACUUGGCCUGUGGGAUCCUCCGGAGGCCAGGUGGAGUAAGCCAUUGAGCGAGGCCAAAGCGGCAGCAGAGAAGAGGCGGAAGCUCAGCUUGCAAAGCAAUCAUGACGCAUAG